AACUUAAGAGGAUUAGGCAGCCUAGCGACUUUACACAAUUCUCCUCCUUUUUUAUUUUUAAUUGGAUUAUUUACAGCAUCUUAAAGAUGAGCUGGAAUCCUUUUCAAAAACAUGUUAUUAUGCCUAGAACAAAUGCGAUCUCCAAAAUGGAGGAAAAGGAAUUUGAGAAAGAAGUUCGAAGAAUAGAAAUGCUUCAGGAAAACUCGAGAAAACUAUACAAAGAUAUGAAAAAUGUUCAAGAGGCUUUAAGUGAUCAAUCAAAAAUAGAAAGUAAAUUGGCAAAUGAAAUGUCAAGUUCAGGUAGAGAUAAUGAUGAAUUAAAGGUACUAUUCGAUGCAUGGUAUGCUCAAGUAACUAUUCUAACCAGUCUAACUGGAGAGCAAGUUACAAAUAUUCAGAAAACAUUUACGGAACCAAUGAAAAAAUUUACACAAUAUUUUCCAAGUACUCUUCAGGCAAUCAGUAAAAGAAAUCAAUCACUUUUUGAAUAUAGCAAAUGCUUUAGUAAAGUUGAAAAAUACCAAGGUAGAGAAAGGACUGGAAGUAAUGUUGUUAAACUUGAAAAUAGCAAACGAAUGAUGGAUAAGUGCAGAAAAGAAUAUGAAACGCAACAGAAAAUACUAAAAUUAUCGCUACCGCAAUUUUAUGAGACCAGAGUGGAUUAUGUUAGGCCAAGUCUUCAUUCGUUUAUUCAAAAUCGCUUAAAUUAUGCAACUGAAGCUCAUAAAAGAUACGAACAAGCUGCUAAUAGCAUAUGUGUAAUUAUUCCUUCGGAUGAAGAUUGCAUUGAGGGCAUUGAAAAAAACCUUUGUGACAUUAAGGCCUUAUCAAUAACUGCAGACGAUUGAAAGUGAAUUUCUAAAUCUCUAAGCAAAUUUUUAGCUGUUGAAUUUUUAUUUUAGAAAUUUUAUUUUAGAAAAAGUUUCAUGCAAUAAAGCUGAUAUUUGGGAUCUGUUUUUAUUCAAUAUGUAUCUCUUGACAACCCUUUUCCAAAGGAAUAUUAACCCUAUUAGAGUUGUUUUAUCUGAAGAGCUGAUUCUGGAUUUUAUCUAAUUAAAAGGAGCUCUACUCUAGUAGAUAAAAAUCAUUCAUUUAUUUAGUUUUUUGGUAAUGCUGCUCCAUAAAUUUUACUGAUUGAUAGUACGGUGAUUUCAUUAUCAUUCAUUCUAAUGUAAUGAUUAAUACAAGUCA